AUGGCUCCCCAAGAAGAAAACCCGACCAUUGAGGUCAACAAGGAAGAUCUCCGCCGCGCUGGCGACUUGAUCGUCAUGCGCCUGAUGGAGGUCCAGUCCUACAUCGCCGACCUGGGCAAGGCCUACGUCCAGCACGUUAAGACCAUCACUGAGACCGGCGAUGCUGUCCUUGAGCUUCCCGUUGGCCCUUCCGGCUUCAUGGGCAACAACUUCACCCUGCGCGCUGCCAGCCCCGCCGCUAGGUCUGAUGCCGGUGGCCCCAAGAAGCGCAAGCGUGCUCCUGCCGACCCCAACGCCCCCAAGCGUGCCCUGACACCCUACUUCCUAUACAUGCAGCACAACCGCAGCAAGAUCGCUGAGGAUCUCGGUGGCGAUGCACGCCCCAAGGAGGUCGCUGAUGAGGGUACCCGCCGCUGGCAGUCGAUGGACCCCGCCCAGAAGGAGGUCUGGAAGGAGCUGUACGCCAGCAACUACAAUGAAUACAAGGAGGCCAUGGCUGUCUACAAGGCCACUGGCCAGGCCCCCAAGGUCGACAACGCCAAGGGCGAGGAUGAUCACGAGGACCCCGCUGCCAGCCAACUUCAGCAAGGUUUCGCAGGUGUUGAGGCCGCUGAAGAGACUGAUUCUUCUAGCUCUUCUGACGAAGAAGAAGAGGAAGAGUCUCCUUCCCCUCCUGUGAAGGAAAAGACCCCUCCCCGUAGCAGCGCUAAGAAGGCCCGUCGCAGUGAUACCAAGGCUAAGGAAGUUGAGACUCCAGCCAAGUCGCCUGUUAAGCGGGGUCGUAAGGCUGCCAUCGUUCCUGAGCCUGUUUCCGUGGCCAAGACUCCUGCUGAGAAGCGCAGCCGAGCCACCAAGAAGCGCUUAAGUCUUGACAAGCUCACUAUCGCCCACCUUGGGUUCUUGGCACAACGUCGUCUUGCACGUGGAGUGCGGCUCAACCAUGCAGAAGCUGUGGCCCUGAUAUCAUCAGUGCUUCACGAGCUCAUCCGCGAUGGCCACUACUCCGUGGCCGAUCUCAUGUCCAUUGGUAAAACAAUGCUCGGCCGUCGCCAUGUCCUCCCCUCUGUCCUAGCAACUCUCGUCGAGCUACAAGUCGAAGGCACCUUCAUCUCCGGAACUUACCUCGUCACCGUGCACCACCCCAUCAGUAGCGACGAAGGUGAUCUCGAGCGUGCCCUGUAUGGAAGUUUCCUACCCGUUCCCGCACGGGAGGCUUUCCCAGACCCAGACCCUAGUGACUUUAUGCCUGAGAAAAUGCCCGGCGCGGUUAUUUCCGCCAAGCACGCUCGUGUUGAAUUGAGCUCUGGGCGCAGGCGCAUCAAGCUCAAGGUCAUGAGCAAAGGUGAUCGGCCGAUUCAGGUCGGAUCGCAUUAUCAUUUCAUCGAGACAAACCCGCAGCUGCACUUCGACCGCGUCCGGUCCUACGGUUUCCGACUGGAUAUCCCAGCUGGUACAUCGAUUCGAUUCGAGCCUGGAGACACAAAGACCGUGACGCUUGUCGAGAUCGGCGGACACCGCGUAAUCCGCGGUGGAAAUUGGCUGGCGAAUGGGCCCGUCGACUUCAGUCGUGCCGAUGAGAUAGUGACUAAGUUGCAAACUGCGGGCUUUGCGCAUGUGCCAGAGCCGCAGGCGGAUAGUGCGCUUAUUGCUGGAUUUUCGAUGGAGCGCGAGGCGUAUUCGCGUAUGUUUGGCCCUACGACGGGUGAUCGUGUACGACUGGGGUUGACGAAUUUGUGGGUGGAGGUUGAGAAGGAUAUGACGAAUUACGGUGAUGAGUGUGCUUUUGGUGGUGGCAAGACGCUGCGUGAGGGCAUGGGGCAGGCUUCUGGGAGGGGUCAUGCUGAGUGUGUUGAUACGGUUAUCACGAAUGCUCUAAUUAUCGAUUGGACUGGUAUUUACAAGGCUGAUAUUGGUAUCAAGGAUGGCUUGAUUGCUGGUAUUGGUAAAGCUGGAAACCCGGAUGUCAUGGAUGGCGUGCAUCCGGAUCUGGUGGUGGGUGCGUCUACAGAUGUCAUUGCUGGUGAGAACAAGAUUGUCACCGCUGGUGGUAUUGACACCCACAUCCACUUGAUCUGCCCCCAGCAGGUGGAUGAGGCCCUGGCCUCGGGAAUCACUACUUUCCUCGGCGGUGGCACUGGCCCAAGUACUGGUUCCAAUGCAACAACAUGUACACCGGGACCGAACCACUUGCGUCAGAUGAUGCAGGCAUGCGACAGUCUACCGAUCAACAUCGGAAUCACAGGCAAGGGCAACGACUGCGGAAGGAAGAGCAUCGAAGAGCAGAUCCUCGCCGGAGCAGCCGGUCUCAAGCUCCAUGAAGACUGGGGCUCUACCCCCGCAGCGAUCGACAACUGCCUCGAAGUCUGCGACGAGUACGAUGUUCAGUGCAUGAUCCAUACAGACACACUCAACGAAUCAGGCUUUGUCGAACAAACCAUCGACGCUUUCAAAGGCCGUACCAUCCACACAUACCACACCGAAGGAGCAGGCGGCGGUCACGCCCCUGACAUUAUCUCCGUCGUCGAACACCCCAACGUCCUCCCCAGCAGCACAAACCCAACCCGUCCCUUCACCCUCAACACCCUCGACGAACACCUCGACAUGCUAAUGGUCUGUCACCACCUGUCCAAGAACAUCCCCGAGGAUGUUGCCUUCGCCGAAUCGCGCAUCCGCGCAGAAACCAUCGCCGCAGAGGACGUCCUCCAUGACCUGGGCGCCAUCAGUAUGAUGUCCUCAGAUUCCCAAGCCAUGGGCCGAUGCGGCGAAGUCAUCCUUCGCACCUGGCACACAGCACACAAGAACAAAGACCAGCGCGGGCCGCUCGGCACAGAUGCCAACACGAAUGCCGACAACUUCCGCGUCAAGCGGUAUAUCAGCAAGUACACAAUUAACCCAGCUCUGGCGCAGGGCAUGGCGCACGUGAUUGGAUCUGUUGAGGUAGGCAAGGUCGCCGAUCUGGUGAUGUGGAACGCGGCGACGUUCGGCACGAAGCCCGUUCGCGUGCUGAAGAGUGGCAUGAUUGCCGUUGCGGAGAUGGGAGAUCCCAACGCGUCGAUUCCAACCGUUGAGCCGAUGAUUGUGCGGCCGAUGUUUGCCGCGCGUCUCCCGCAGACGUCUAUCAUGUUUGUUUCGCAGGCUUCUAUUGAUGCCGGGAUCGUGCAGAGCUAUGGAUUGAAGAAGAGGAUUGAGCCGGUGAAGAAUUGUCGCUCGGUUGGGAAGAAGGAUAUGAAGUUCAAUGACACUAUGCCGAAGAUGAAGGUUGAUCCGGAGAGUUAUACCGUUGAGGCGGAUGGAAUGCUCUGUGAUGCUGAGCCGGCUUCUGAGUUACCGUUGACACAGGCUUACUAUAUCUUCUAG